UUAUAAGGUAAUUUAAUUUAAAUGUCCUCUUAGAUUUGUACACUCGUUCGAUGCUUUUGGAAUAGUCACCCAUUUGCGUCCCGUGUAUUACAUUGUUUGCUUUCUUUUGUUUGGGACUGCAUCUUUCAUUCUAUUUUCAAGUUAGUUUUUACCCUCACUUUUAAUUAUCCUUGUGUUUCCAGGACUAUUUUGUAGGUUUGUUCGAAAUUAUUGGCUGAAGCAAGGUUAAAGUGUUGAUCUGUGAAUCGAUAGGGAUUAUAGUGUGCUAUCUUCCGGGAUCAGGUUGCAGCAUAUAACGAUGAUUGCAUCCAUGGAUAAUCUUCAGUAAAAUAAUUUACAUCGCGAUGACAAGGGUUACAAUGAGAUUGUUACACAUUACGAUUGUUUGGGCUGAACCAAUCAUCAAUGUGUGUUCUUCCUUUUUAAUACAAAAAAAAAGUGCCAACGAAUAAUAAGAAUCAUGGGAACACUCCCAUACACAUUGUUCUUAUUAUUAUAGGAAUUUCUUGAAGAUGGUGGACCUAAGUCACUUCAUGUAGACAUGUAGUCAUCUUCUAUAUAAUGCAUUUUUCUUGACACCGUUCAUGAAUAAUAACUUGAAAAUUUCGUUGGAGAACUUCAUGAGCUCAUUAUUUCCUGUUGACAGAAGAUUUUGUGGUUGUACAAGAUGGUGAUGUCCUUUUUUGUCAUUCUGGUCACUUCAUUAGUCGGGGAUCUCCUGAUCCAGUGGCUGCUGAGUUUGAUGGGCAGCGAACAUGAACAAUGAUACUUUACUGUGAGUUCAGAUGCAAAUACAAGCAUCCUAGUUAAUAUUGCCUAAAUCUAACGAUAACCAUCAAAAGUCAAAGAGAGCCAGGCGUUAUACCUCUCUCUCUCUAUAUGGCUCAAACAAAUCAGUUACAGCUAGACUAAGAUGAGCAUGUGCAUCACCACCUUGAAGCAAGUGAAGUAUACACAAUGUACACUAGCCCUAAGACUUGGCGCCACCUAGUGCCUCGUUACACCAUUCCUAAGCAAGCUUAAUACUCUUUCCAGAACCGAAGCAACCGAAAAGGAAACCCCAGUUUCUUCAAGCUGCUGCCACAGCAUUUGCCCCAUUCUGCAGUAAACAGCAUCACAGGAUCCUGCAAAGGGUGACCAUAAGAGGGUGCAUACACAGAGGAGAUGGGAGCAAGCAAGCAUAGAUCAAGAAACCACACAAUGGGCAGCAGCAAGAGAGUGCCCCCGUACCUUCUGCUGGUGUUGCUGGCCAUCGGAGCCGCCGCGGUGAGCGUCGGCAUCCUGCACAAGAUGAGGGAGCGCCGUGUCCUUACCGUCCUCCUCCAGGAACGCGACCAGCAGCUCAUCUCCUUCCAAGUACUCCUCGAGAAAGAAAAAGAAAUUAAUAAAGAGAUGAGGAGGAAAGUUGACGAACUGGAAGCCAAAACAUCUGUCCUGAGUAUUGAGAGGGCAGAAUUGAAAAACAAGCUCAUGGAUUCAGAAACUACCACCACAUAUCUUACCAACACCCAGAAAGAAUUGGAAGCAGCUCUUGUGGAGAAAGAGAGCCAUAUCAACCAAAUGAAAGAGAAUGCAGCUGCUUCAAACCCAGAUCAGACGACAACUAUAAAGGAACUCCUGCAGCAGAAAGAAGCUGAGCCUGAGCUUGACAAAUCCGAAAAUUCCAGCGAUUCCAUUCCUGCUACAGCAGAAGAUAAUUCCAACAGUACUGCUAUAUCAGAGAGCAGCCACAAUGAUGAGAGCAUUGUAGUGGGAGCAAACACCGAAAAUGCAACUUCUGAAACUGUGGUACUUGACAAAUCUGAAAACUCCAGUGAUUCCAUGUCUGCUCCAGCACAAGAAAAUUCAAGCAACACUAAUCCAUCAGAUAGCAACCACCAAGAUGAGGGCAUUGUAGUGGAAGCAAAAAACGUUAAUGCAACUUCUGACCUUGUGGUACUUGACAAAUCUGAAAACACCAAUAGUUCUGUACCUGUUACAGCAGAAGAACAAAAUUCCUACGACACCACUGCAUGGGAGAGCAACCAACAAGAUAACAGUUCCUCACAAGAACAGUUCUUAAAGUUAACAACCAACAUAGAAGAUGACCAGCUUCAAGAGAACAAAGGUGAUGCCAAUGAGCAAUCAGAUGAUGCUCCAGAGGGAAGCCAUUCAGAUAAAUCUGAGCUUCAGCAGGGGAACGAGGAAGUCAGCAAAGAAGAAUCAGAUGGCACAAGACAGGUGGAGGACCCUCAAGGUGAGGCCAGCAACCACAGCAGAGAAAGUAAAGUGCUGGAGAAGGAAAAUGAGAAAGAAAUAAAUCCUGAGGGCACGAGCUCAGAAGACAGCUUGAGUGAAGCCAACCAAAACAAAACGCAAGCAGUGGAACCUAUUCUAGUCCCCACAGAUGUAAACCCCAGCACAUCCACAAAUAAUGAGGAAAGAAGAGAAACAAACAAGAGACAUAGAAGGAGAAGGUCCAGAUCUAGAAGGAAUAGGAAGGGCACUGUUGAGGUAGAUGCCUCAGCAAACCCAUGAACUUUGGAUUGGAAAUGGCAUACUCCGAAGAGAAGUAGAGAAGAAAGAGAAUAACAUAUAUGCAACUGCAUUUGUCAUUUUGUAGCUGAAGGCAGCAUAAGUAACAGUUAUUAUCAUAUUAUAAAUGGAUUCCUUUUGUGGA